GCAAGUCUUUUAACAUGGUACCUACAAAAAAAAGUAUUGUUUGGAAAUAUUUCGAAAAAAUUGAUGAGAAAUCUGCCAGAUGCAAACUAUGCCAAAAAAUUGUUAAAACGGCUGGCAAUACCUCUAAUACGAUGGCACAUAUCAAAAAUGUUCAUAAGGCGGUCUACUUGGAAGUUUUCAAAAGUAACAACAGUGCUGCUGUUAUAAAACAUUCUAAUUCGGGUUCGUCCGAUUCAUUCUCCACUACUUCGAAACAAGAUACCAUUACGAUAUCGGAAUCUUACUUAAACGAACAUCAACUGUCGCCUUCAACUUCUACGUCGUCUUCAAUGGAUUGUAGUGAGAUACUUACGCACAAUACUCAAACUGAUCAAAAGAUGGAUUAUGAUAGGGUGUUGUCUUUGAAACGCCAGAGAUCAAUUGAAAGUAGUUUUGGUGAAAUACAUGCGUAUACCUCUACUGGGGACAAAACAAAAAGAAUUAACAAUGCGAUAAUGUUUAUGAUCUGUAGAGACAAUCAACCUUUUUCAUUAGUUGAAAAUGAAGGUUUCAAGAAUCUUCUGAAAGUAACAGUGCCUCAUUAUAAGAUUCCUAGCAGAACCUCUGUGACACGCUGGAUAGAUGAAAAGUAUGAUGCAUUAUCAACAGUAAUGAAAAAUAAAUUAUGCUGUGUAGAAAAUCUUACACUAACAAGUGACAUUUGGUCAGAUCUACAAAUGCGAAGUUAUCUAGGUGUAACUGCUCAUUUUGGCAUCGGAAUUGAAUUUCAUGUUGUAACUUUAGGUGUUUACCACUUAGAUGAAAGGCAUACUUCCGAAUACAUUGCACAAACACUCACUAAAACAUGUGAAGAGUGGGGAUUUAAUACUGAUAAGGUCACAGCAGUAGUAACAGAUAAUGCUGCAAAUAUGGUGAAGGCUGUCGAAAUUGCAUUUGGGAAAAAAAAGCAUAUCCCUUGUUUUGCGCAUACACUUAAUUUAGUAGCUCAACAUGUUUUGGCUAUUCCAGAACUACAGGAAAUAUUAACAAAAGCAAAAAGUGUUGUUACAUUUUUUAAACAAAGUUGUGUUGCAAGUGACGAGUUGCGUAAAUCAAUUCAAGCUGACACAAAAUUGAUUCAGGAUGUCCCAACACGUUGGAACAGCACAUACUAUAUGAUUGCUCGUUUCCUUGAUUUACGAAAUGCUGUGAGUGAAAUUUUGAUUCGUCAUAAGACAGCACCGCCGAUGUUAACUGGUAUGGAGUUGACUAUAUUAACAUCGCUUCUUAACGUACUACAACCACUAGAAGCAGCGACUAAGGAAAUAUCUGGCGAUAAAUAUUGCUCUAGUAGCAAAAUCAUUCCAUUAGUGCACUGCAUGAUAUCAAAACUGAAAAACUUAGUCAUUGAAGAAUCUUUAAUCAAGGAUGUACAAAAACGCACUCUUACUGAAAUUAAUAAACGAAUGGGCGCAAUCGAGCAGGUAUCAGCAUUAGCUAUCGCUACAAUAUUAGAUCCAAGAUUUAAAAAACUUCAUUUUGAAGAUGCCAUGGCGUGUGCAAAUGCCGUCAUUAAAAUUAAAGAGAUGAUUAAAAAGAAUCAACAGGAUGAAUCUACUGUGGAAUCUGACUCUGACAACUCAGACAAAAUUAGUCUAUCAUCGGAUCUUUGGAGUGAUCACCAUAAACUGGUACAACGAAAUUGGAAAACAAAUAAUACCAAUGAAAGUGAAGGAGCUCACAAGGAUUGGAAAGGCUGGUCUAAAUACUGGGUGGACUUCAAAGCGAAACUUAAGAAAAGGGCCGCUGCUGUCCGAUCCUCCCAGGCUAGAACUGGCGGAGGGCCUUCCACUGAGCAACCCUUGUCAGAAAUAGAACAAAAAUUCCUUCAAAUACUUGGAGAAGGGUUGCCAGGUGUUCGGGUGGAACCUUUUGCAGAGCCUUCAGGAAGUACUGCUGCUGUAGAAGUGUGGGAAUCUCCAGGCUCCCAAUGUAUUCCACCCACCCCAGAACCAGAUGAAGCUCCUCUCCGACCUCCUUUUCCUUCUCCUUAUCCACCCACACCAUGUACUCCAGCAGCAGUAUCAUCGGAGGCUGGCGUACCGGGUCCCACGCGCCGGCGAUGCAGGCCCGAUCCACCGAUGUCACGGGAAACAGCGAGGCGUGACCUCGUGAAUUUCUCACAAAUGAGAGCCUAA